AUGUCGGCCCCACCCUCCAACCACGACCAAUCUGAUGAGGACCGCAAGGAUCACAUGCAAGUCCCGCAUCGGCCUAUGCUAUUUCAAAACCAGCCUAUGACGACUGGUCCGUCUUAUGGUCCGUACUCGAUGAGCGCCUUCCCACCUAUGAUGCAGAACAUGCAAAUGGGCUUCCCGACCCACCCGAUCAACCCGAACCACAUGACCGCUUAUGGCACUGCUAUGGACGAGCGUCUGCCCGACCGCAACGCUCUCCUCCAGGCGAAGACCCAGGCUCAGCAUAUCUAUCGCUCAUACCACCCCGGCGGCGGCAAAGUGACCAAUGACUCCAUCCGUGCCGGCCUCUUGAAUACCGAAACCUUCAAGCUUGACAAUCUUCCAAAGUCCGCGGAUCUCUUCAAGGCGCCGGACUACGACGAGAGCAUCUCCACUCACUUUCCUGAUGCAUUGACAGCCGAAUUCUACCGAGUCGCAGCACGGCCAGAGAAGCCAGCAGCAGCUCGCGACCCGACCAUCCCGGAGACUGCUGGCGCUUUAAAAGCUCACGUCGUGGCGCUCAUUCAUGCGUUCAACUCAUGGGAAGACGCUGAUGACAACGAAGGAAUGCUGAAACCCUUCAAGAACCAGACUCGCGACCAGAAGCUUGUCGAAUGUAUGUGCUGGGGACUUCUCAAGGCCUGCAUCGAUCGCAGCCGUGCAGAUGCACCACUCAUGCAGGCUUGGGACGAGUCGAAAGCCAAGAACGCCGGCAACAUUGGUACCUUUGCGGAACGCUUCGAUGAGAUCGUCUACGCCAUGACCAAAUCCAAGACCAUCUGCAAGCACUUGUUCGAUGCUCCAUACAGUGCGGUCUUCAUUGAUGAUCCAUCCAGGGCUGUCAGCCGUGUCAAAGCCAAUCGCGACCUCAACAAGAUGAAGGCCGAGCAGAUGAGUGUCGGUAAGCGCAUUCGUGACGAAGAAGCCCAGAAGAAUGGCGACUACACCCCAUCGAAGCGCUCAAAGACUCCUGGUCGACUCAACCGCAGCACACCUCGUGAGCCAAGAACACCCACUGGUCCGACCACACCUACCUCCAGUCGAUACGAUACACCUGGUUCAUAUCUCCGCGACGGUACUCCGAUCAAUGGCUCCUCUCACAGUCCGUCCGACAUCAUGCAGUCCCCCUCAACUCGACGUUCUCUUCGUCAGACUCGUCGGCCAGAAAGCUACGCUCCAGCGAUCCCAGAUGAGCCCAGUCCGACACCAGACGGCGAGCUCCAUCCAGACGAGAACGGCCAAGUCGAGAUCUCAGGCGAGCAACAUCUUCUCAACAACGCACACAGUGAUCGCAUGUCAGACACCGACGUCAAAAGCGAAGCUCACUCCAUGACGCCACAAAUGGGCUUCAACCAAGCAAUGAUGACGCCUGACCAGCAUGCAUACAUGCAGCAGAUGAUGUUCGGGGGCCACAUGGGCAACAUGGGCAAUAUUGGCAACAACAUGAUGCCUUCAGGAAUGAAUCAGAAUAUGCACAAUGCCUUUUAUGGGAUUCGUCACUAUGAUGGUCCGUCGCGCACCCCCUACAACUCGUUCAACCGCGGCCCUUACCGUGGCAGCACUCCUCGUCACGGACUGAUGCGUCCUCAAGGCAUGGGUCAUGGUGCUUCGCAGCACAACAAUAUGAUGCCCAACACUUCCCACGCUCAGCAGUGGGCUGCUGGAGGCUACAACCAGAACUACAACCCAAGCUUCGAUUUCGGCGGACACCCCGAGGAGCUGCAGGGCCCGGGUGUGUUCACCGGCGUCAAUGGUGUCAACGGUGAUGAGAGCCAUGCUCAGCAGGAUCAUGGCAGUGAUGCUGAUCAUGACGGCCCUGCUGGCAAUGUUGGUGGAGCUGAUGCUGGUGGCGGCCACUCGAGCUAG